AUGGAGGUUGUGAAGAGCUUUUCAUCUGGUAAAAAAGAAGGUGGAGAUUUUUUGGCAGCUUGUGUGUCACCAAAAGGGGAAUGGAUUUACUGUGUUGGCGAAGACAGGAAUCUGUACUGUUUCAGUAAUCAGUCUGGCAAAUUAGAGCAUCUAAUGAAGGUCCAUGAAAAGACAGUAAUUGGCUUAACUCAUCAUCCACACAGGAAUCUUCUAGCCACAUAUAGUGAAGACUGCACAAUGAAGUUAUGGAAGCCUUGA